GCUUUCGGGAGUCGUGCCCCACCCCAGACCGAUCGCUUUGACUCUCAACCCCACGCCCGCUUCUUCUCCUCCCCUUCCUCGCGAAGCAAAUAAGCAAUCCCAGAGUCCAACUCCGACCAGAUCCGAACCCCACCCCCCUCCCCUGAAACCCUAGCAUGCCCCGCCGCCGAUGAGGUCGCUCCGGCGCGUCAUCCUCCCGCUGGUCCUCCUCGCGGGGAUCGCCUUCCGCGGGGUCGGCCUCGACGCCAGCCCCGCCGCGCUCCACCCAUCGCCCUCCCCGCCUCCGCCCCGCCUCGCGCUCCCCCUCGCCCGUGGAGGAGGCGGCCCGGAGGAUGGGGCGGCGGCGCGCUCCACGGAGAUCGUCGCGGUGGCCGCCCGCUCCACCGAGAUCGUCGUCGCGGCGCCGCCCAAGAAGCAGAGGCCCGGGGACCUCCUGGUCCGGCCGCAGCCCCCGCGUGCGGAGCCGACGAGCGCCGUGAGUGGCGAGGCGGACGCCGAAGCACGCUCCGUGCUUCAAUUUUACGACAAUGGUACAAUCCAACUUGUUGACCGGCUAUCCAAGUCUCCGCUGUGGGAGAUCUCCACGGGGCCUCCUCUUUCAAAUCAUAUUUCUACUGCCGAAGAUCUGAGUUAUCUCAUAUAUCCUUCGGGUGGGAAGGGGAAUGAUCUUUGGGAAGUUCAUAAUGGGACCGGUGCGAAACUUCCCUGGAAAUUGGAUGAAUUUGUUGCCAGAACACCAUACAUACGCGAUUCUGUUGUUACUAUUGGAUCAAAAGUGCCAACCGUUUUUGUUGUUGAUGCUGAUUGCGGUGAGAUUAUUUACAAGCAAAGCAUUCCAGCCUCCUUGAAUGAUUUGGAAGGACCAGUGGUUGAUGGAACACCAUCCAAGUUAAAUGUUGGUACAAGUGAUGGCCGUGAUAACAUUGUAGUGGUUGUGAGAACUGAUUAUUCUCUCAGUGCAUCUGAUCUUGGCAAACAUUUGUUUAACUGGACAAGAACUUCUUUCACUGCAAAGUACUAUACGAAAUACAAUCACCCUGAUAUGCUUGACCAACCAUCCUGUAUGCGAGGAGAUAUUCCAUGCAUCAGGACUGAGGGUGUGCCACGUGCUUUGCCUGAUUCAAGUUUAGCUAAUGCAAUCUCCUCGAUAGAUGCGACCACAGUUACCUUCAGUGAUGCUGAUGCUGAUGCCAUGAAAUCACUUCAAACCUUGUGGAAGUCACCACAAACUGAUGGCAUGUCUAAUGUUGUCUCGGAUGGUGCUCAAAAUCAAACCUAUAAUGGUUCUCUAUCUCAUUUCAUCUCUGUUGAUCCUGAAGCUACCAACAAGUCCACUAAGAACACUUAUGGAUGGUUAUUCCCUGUGUUUCCCAUAUUGCUGGUCAUAGGUUGUCUGUUGAGCUUGACCUCUGCAAAGUCCUGCAGGCAAUUUGUGAUUCAGCUUAUGAAUCCAUUAAUGCGGGACAGGAAACCAAUGGACACUAGAGGGAGGUCAGAGGGAACUCCUAAGAGAAGAAAAACACGGAAGAAAGAUGGACUUGUAAAUAGCCAUGAGACCUUGUCAGCAUCUGACAAGGAGAACAGUGAAACUUGUGGGUCAACUGAGGAACCAAUCAAGGAAAAUUCUGCUCUAACAAAUAAGAGGAUUGCAGAGGGUCUUGAUGGUCGUCAGAUUGGUAAACUCUAUGUCUCCAAUAAGGAAAUUGGUAGGGGGAGCAAUGGCACAGUUGUUUUUGAAGGAUCUUACGAUGGUCGUCAAGUUGCUGUGAAACGUCUGCUGCGUUCCCACAAUGACAUAGCUGAAAAAGAGACUCAGAAUCUUAUUAUAUCUGACCGGGAUCCAAACAUUGUUAGAUUGUAUGGUUGUGACCAUGACAGCGAUUUUGUUUAUAUCUCCCUUGAGAGGUGCCAAUGCAGCUUGGCUGAUCUAAUCCAAAAACACUCCUAUUCGUCUUCCGAAGAAUCUAUUGCUAAGCAUGAAGUUACUAUCAGCAUCAAGUCAAAGAUUUCAAAUGUUGAGGGAGUAAAUGUGGAAUUGUGGAUGCAGGAUGGGCUUCCUUCUGCACAACUCCUAAAGCUGAUGAGAGAUGUGGUUGCUGGUCUUGUGCAUUUGCAUAACUUGGGAAUUAUACAUCGCGAUUUGAAGCCUCAGAAUGUUUUAAUAAGCACAGAAGGACCUAUUAGAGCAAAGCUUUCUGAUAUGGGUAUCAGUAAGCUCCUGCAAGAUGACAUGACUUCUGUUAGCCAUCAUGGCACAGGAAUUGGAAGCUCUGGUUGGCAAGCACCUGAACAGCUUCGUCAUGGUCGUCAAACUCGUGCAAUGGAUCUGUUUAGUUUGGGCUGCCUUAUUUUUUAUUGUAUCACUAAAGGCAAGCAUCCGUUUGGUGAGUACUAUGAACGGGACAUGAACAUUGUAAACAAUCACUUUGAUCUCUUUGUGGUGGACUACAUACCAGAAGCAGUACAUCUUAUUUCUCAGUUGUUACUACCAAAUCCGGAGAUGAGACCAACAGCAGUAUAUGUGAUGCAUCAUCCACUCUUCUGGGGCCCUGAAUUGCGCCUUUCGUUUCUAAGAGAUACCAGUGACAGAAUUGAGAAAACCAGUGAAAUUGACCUCAUAAAUGCGCUGGAAAGCAUAGGACUUGUGGCGUUUGGUGGGAAAUGGGGGGAGAAACUGGAUGCUGCUUUGGUUACAGACAUGGGUCGUUAUAGAAAAUAUAACUUCGAGUCCAUUCGUGACCUUCUGAGGUAUAUCAGAAAUAAAUCAGGUCAUUACAGAGAACUUUCAGACGAUCUGAAGGCAUUACUUGGGUCGCUGCCAGAGGGAUUUGAUCGCUAUUUCUCGAGCCGAUUCCCAAAGCUGCUAAUUGAAGUCUACAAGGUCAUGUGGGCGCACUGCAAGGAUGAGGAAGCAUUCAGUAAAUACUUCAAUGGAAGCUCGGUAUAACUGGAGGGGAUGCCCUUCCCUAUUGUACAAACUAACCCUGACCUAGCCAAAAUUGUAUGUACAUGUAAUUUCUAUCAUAUUAUCAUAGAAUAAAGAAAGUCCAACCUGUACAUUGUAUUCUGCAGAACUGUGUUCCUAAUAAGAUUGAUAAUUCUCCUUUUUCCA